AUGCUAACGUUUUCGUGGACGGGUAAGCGAAAGAAAAAGAGUGAUGCGACGGAUCAUGCGAUGGCUGUGUCCAAGCAUCGUUCCACGUCAGAUCAUGACUCGUCCGAACCAUCCGUCAGCCGAUCAACGACGUCUACGGGAUCCAUCCACUUCGGACAAACAACAUCAUACACUUCAACAGUUGGGACCAGUUUCAAGGAAGCCGAGUACUCAGGACGACUUCUGCUCCAUGGUUUGAGACUUUCCGAAUUUCCAAACGAAGCUUUUUCAAACAUUGAACUCUUGGACAUAGUACUUAUCGACCUCAGUGACAAUCGAAUGUCAACCCUACCCGCCAACUUCUCAGGUUUUGACUGUCUGAUCUCCUGUAUUGCCAGUUCGAACCGUUUUCGAACCAUUCCUACGUGUAUCUGCUCACUCGAACAACUCACCUAUCUUGACUUUAGCUUCAAUGAGAUCUCUCAUCUUCCGGACGGACUGUUCGACCUUCCACUCAACGCUCUCAUUCUUGCUGGAAACAAGAUAACGUGCAUUCCUGAAGGAAUCAGACGUCUGGCACCAACACUCGCUUACUUAGAUUUGUCGAAAAACGACAUCCGCAGCCUGCAAUCUCAGCUACGCUACUUGAAAGCUUUGAAGGUAUUGAAGGUCGCCAGAAACCGUGUCGAAGACUUCCCAGCAGAACUUUGCUCAGCGUUGGAAUUGCGUACACUUGAUCUCUCGCAGAAUAAUCUGUCCUAUUUGCCGGCUGACUUUGUUAAAAUGACCGAUCUCCGUCAUCUGCAACUGGAUAGAAAUCCGCUGAGAAGUCCACCAAUCGAGAUUGUCGAAUUGGGAAUUGUGCACAUAUUCAAGUGGCUUGAUGGUCGAACAUCUGGCUGCUCGUCGGCCGGCUCACAAGAUGGCCAAUUGGACCGAAAACGCACCACGUUGACAACGACGUCCAUUGUCGCCGAAAAACACGCAGCACCGCAUAACGAAUCGAGAACUACGCGUAACACUUCUGAACCAGCGAAGCAUCAUACUCACCACAAUCACAACGAGAUGAAAGCGGAGAAUGGACAUCAUCGACCGAAAGAAUUAGUCGAGCCCAAAACAAUCUCAUCCGUGCAUGCAAAGACACACAAUGUACAGAUUGUUCACAAUAAGAUUUCGUCGGUUCCGUCUCAUGUGCAAACCGCUGGAAAGGAGAACUCAAGACAAAGCACUCCAGAUGAGCAGAAUAACAACAAUACGGAUGUUUCAAAAACAAAACCGCUGAACAGUAAUGCGUCAAGUCCGGGAAUGGGAAAGAAACCCAUAUCCAAAGUAGCUCCCAUGAUGAAACCCACUGUACGCCCAACAGCACAACCGCCUGCCGCUCCAAACGGAAAUGCCCCAUUGAAAAUUUCUACUGUUCGUCGUCCGAACCCCAUUCAAAGUACUACAGUAACCCGUUCCACUAACACUACCACUGCCAAACGAGAGAUACCAGUGAAAAGUACCAAAAUCGCUUCCACAAUCACUCGUCGGUCCGAGGAACCAGCAGCGACAAGGGUCGCGAGUCGACCGAUAACCUCCAGUGUCAACAACCUGAAUAAGUCAGGAAUACGUGCGCCUUUAACAAAUGGAGUCGUCAAUGACGUGGAAAGUGCGAAAAAGUUGCUGCGAGAGAAAUUGGGACCGAGCUUCGCGUUGAACAAGGGAGAUAUUAGCUUCAGCGUGCAACUGUCAGAUGGACAGGAACUGUGCAAAUUUGUGAACAAACUUCAUCCAGAUGCAAUCGCCCUUGCAUCACCUACUGACUCUUCGAUUGCCACCACUCGCUCCAAGAUGAAUGUCGACAAAUUCUUGCAAUUCUGCAAGAAAAUCGGAGUUCCAGAGAAUACUCUCUGCUCCCAAAUGGACAUCAUCUCAAAGAGAAACCCACAGAAAGUGGCUCGCACAGUAUUGACCGUCGCUAAAAUGCAGCAGCAUCAUGCUUCAACGCUUACUUCCAUUCAAUGCUAA